AUGUCGCCGGAAGUCCUGGCUGAGCUGCUGGCUGCGCCAGCUCUUGCAGCGCCGGAGGGAGUCACGCCGAACUUCGACAACCCUCCCAAUAAAAAUGGAUUGGCCUGGUUUGUGACAACAUUGUGCAUGGUCGUGGCGACGAUAUGUCUCUUUCUUCGCUUAUUUGUGCGUCUGUGGCUGGAAAAGAAGCUUCGUGUUGAAGAAUUCUUGGUUAUUCUUGCAUAUGGCGCCUACUGGGGCACGGCCUAUGCAGGCUACGCUUUGAUCUAUACCCCUGGCUACUACGUGCACACUUGGAAUCUUCAUAACGAAGAUCUGAUACGACCCCUUUACCUGAUCCUCAUCUACGGUUGCUGUUAUUCAGCCACUCUGCCAUUGAUCAAAACAGCCAUCCUGAUGGACUGGUGUAGAAUAUUCGUUCCCAUCGAAAGAUCAAAAAAUCUGUUCUGGGCCGGUUGUAUGGUCGUCAUAUUUCUUCAGUGUGUCUGGGGGCUCCUUUGCAUUAUCCUUCUCAAUAUGCAGUGCCGCCCACACGAGGCUAUCUGGAAAUUCUACCUUCCGAGCAAAUGCUACUCACUGCCUGAUGUCAUGCUCACGUCGGCAAGCGUCCAGGUCGUCUCUGACAUUGCAAUGCUCCUGCUGCCUCAGCGAAUUAUUUGGGGCUUACACAUGAACUGGCAAAAAAAGAUCGGUGUCUCCAUAAUCUUCAGCGCGGGUAUUCUCGCCUCCGUGGCAGCAUGCUUCCGACUAGCCCAUACUGUCACUUUCUCUCAAGAUUCUGACAGCAUGUACCUCAUCGGCCCACUUCUGUUCUGGGCCUGCGCCGAAAUGGCCUGUGGAUUCUUCAUCUUCAGCGUACCCUGCCUCUCCAAACUCAUCAUGGAAUCCGGCCUUCCAUCCAAGGUGAAAACCUCUCUCGGUUUCGGCAGUAGGUCCAAUGAGGCUUCAAAUAAGAACUCGGGCUCCGGUCCCCGAUACGGGUCGCGUCUGAUUUCUAACCCCUCGAUCUCCAAGCCUUGGGUGUCUACUGAUUCCAAAUGGUCUAAGAUUCAGGAGGACAGUAUUGCCCUGCAAGACGCUGGAUCAGAGUCUCAGACACAUCUGCAUAACGAUGUUUAA